AAUGCACCGCGUUCGGCUCGGAGUGCGCAACCGCCGCCUCCAUUUUCUUCCCUUCCGGAGAAGCGAACGGUGGUGUCAUGGAGACGGAUGAUGCAGGAAACCGGGUUCGGUUCCAGUUGGAGCUGGAAUUUGUGCAGUGCCUUGCAAACCCCAAUUACCUAAACUUUCUUGCCCAGAGGGGAUACUUCAAAGACAAAGCAUUUGUAAACUAUCUAAAAUACCUACUGUACUGGAAGGAACCAGAAUAUGCCAAAUACCUAAAGUACCCUCAGUGCUUACACAUGUUGGAGUUGCUUCAGUAUGAACACUUCCGGAAAGAACUGGUGAAUGCUCAGUGUGCCAAGUUCAUUGAUGAGCAGCAGAUUCUCCACUGGCAGCACUACUCCCGCAAGCGGAUGCGCCUUCAGCAGGCCCUGGCAGACCAACAGCAGCAACAGAAUAGUGCCUCCAUCAAAUGAGCCCCUUGACUUGGAUACAGAAAUGGGCUGGAUGAAUUUCCAUGGCAUGGAUAAGCAGUUCCUCUUCCUCUUGCCACUCCAUCAGGGAAAGGCAGCUGCAGGAGCUCAUCAGCUUAGGAGACUGGACUGCUGGCUUCUGCCCGUGUGUAUAAAGUGCAGUAGGAUAAGGUGCUGAGCCCUUUGGAAUUUAAAAGGGUAUAGUAGAAGUGGGUGGGGGGAAUAUGUUUGUCUGAAUUGGAGACAACCUUUGUGGUUUUUUCAAAUGCUUAUUUUUGGGUCAUGGUAGAUCAAAGCUAGAAAAACUUUUGGGCUUUGCAUUAGUAAAUCCAUAGGAAAAUAAGAGGUCCACUUUCGGUUCAUCUUCCAGUAACAAACACUGGUACUGCACUCAAAGCAGUCCUGAGAUUCAGCCUGAUUGAACAUACUGGCCUCAGAAACACCUGCAUACUGGUCUGUCAAACUCUCACGUGGAAAAAUGAUCACAUGGUAGACAAGAAGAAACCUCAUUCAUUCUCUUUCCCAUUCCUUCCCCCUACAGACUUAAGAGUUUGAACUUGCAUAAUCAGUAAUGCUGUUUCCUCAUACAGUUCUGGCAGCUUCUUUUAGGGCAGGAGCCUUUGCUUGAUGCAAUGUAAAUUUGAAAGGGAAUUAAACGUACUAGUGUGGGUGAACACCCAAAUAGCAAAAGGUAAACAAUUUACCCUUGGUUGCUUUUGUCAUGACAUGGCUUAUUUAAAUAAAUUUAAAAAGCCUUC